AUGGCAAUAGGAAUGAUUUUAGAAAUGAUGCUUGUUAGCUCUGCUUUUACGGAAUCAUUUCCUGUGGAAUCAGUGCGAAAAUCAAAUGAUUUGAAAUCUGGAAAAAAACGUCAGCAAAAAGAAACCGGAGUGGCAGGAGAAAAGAAAUCUGAAUUGGAUAUGGUACCAAAACCGUAUGAUGAUCUAUUUAUUGAACCGGCUGGUGAUUACGAUAUUGUUUACGCUGAAUAUAAUACAACUAUGGAGGACGGUUCAUCGCCUUCCAGACGACCCUACAUUAGACUGACAUCAUUUCUCAACAAUGUCACUAAAAAUGCGGGUGAUGAAGUAAGAUUUAAAUGUGAAGCUGCUGGCAAUCCAUUACCUCUCCAAUUUAGCUGGCUGAAAAACCAUGCACCGGUGGAAAAGAAUCGUAAGACGAAAAUAAAGAAUCGUGAAUACUGGUCUCGACUGGUAAUUACUGAUUUGGAAGUUCUGGACAGUGGAUACUAUCAGUGUGUUGUUAGCAAUUCCCUUGCAAGUGUCAACACCACUGCCAUCCUUAGGGUCAAUAACAUUCCGGAUGGGAAAUCUUCCAAUAUAAACAAGCUGAAGGGAAAGUCGACAUCGAGAAUUACUAAUUUUCAAAACGAAGAAUAUUUUGAAGAGGAUUUCGAAGAACCAGGUUCGUCGAUGUCUGGUGGUUUAGGACGAUUACCGAGUGAAGAGGAAUCGGAGGACAGUCUCUGGAAUGUUCCAAAUAAUGCGGCAGGACCAGGAUAUGCACCAAUGGCUCCAAGUGAUCGGUGGCUCGACGGGUUGAAUACAAAAGUUGGCGACUGUGUCCUGUAUCAAGGUGAAGCAUGUCGCGAGUACCUCACAGGUCGACACGUUAUGAUCGUGAGCGAUAAUAGGGAGGAUAUGUACGAUGUCGAUCGCAAUCUUCGGGCGGCGAUGAUGUUCAUUAACAGCAGCCCAGUUAUAUCGGCACAGUGUAAGCACUAUUCGUAUGCUGUCGCGUGCUAUCAUAUGUAUAAAAUAUGUGACCGAGGAUCCGAAACAGACCAUCGAACCACAUCCGUACCUCAUAUAUUGACGAUUUGUCGAAAGGAUUGUGACGCGCUGCAGGCAGAUCUAUGUCCUAAGGAAUUAGCGCUGGCAGCUGAGCAUGACCUGGUUGGCGAUGAUCCUAAAGCUCUUCUCCCCAAAUGUCAAUCGUUAAAUCCGAAAGCAGAGUACUGUAUACCCAUUAUUAAUGUUGCUGAUCAGUCCGAAGGUAGUACUGAUUUGUCUCCUGUUUCUUCGAAAGAAUUACCGCACUGGUGCUAUUUGGAUAAUGGUAAAACUUACGAUGGUAAUGCUUCGUUAACAAAAUCUGGGAAGCGUUGUAUGAACUGGACACAAAGCUCUUCAAGGGACUUUAACAUUAAUCGGUAUCCGUCUUUGCGAACUAGCAAAAAUCACUGUCGCAAUCCUGGUGGCAAAAAGAGCUCUCCAUGGUGUUUUACUCAUCCAAAUGGGCAAGAAGAAUACUGUGAUAUCAGUCAGUGUCCUGCUAGUAUGUAUCCUUACUUAAGAGAUCGAGAAGUGAUGGGAACCACUGAUGAUGAUGGUUCUAUAAUCGGUGAUAUAUCGGACAUUUGGUCAGGUUUGUCGUCGCCAUGGCAGCUGGCAGUACUUAGUGGUUUUGGAUUUUUCAUUUUUAGUCUGAUCUUUCUAUGCUGUUAUUGUUGUUGUCGGAGGAAACGUAGAGAAGCGGCAGGCUCUUCAUCAACUAUCAUGAAAAAUGGGCUACAAAACUGUAAUGGAUGCAGUGUUGCAAGCAGUGCUGUAAAUAGCACAUAUUACCGGAAACUGAAUGGUACAGCAAACACUGAUCCGAACAGCGCAGCUUUCGAGCUUUCUUCACUAAUACAAGCACCGACAAAUAGCAAUACUUUUAUGCAACAUCAUCAUUCUGGCAGUUAUGCUCAGUACAGUCCGAGGCCUUCGACUGAACCUUCCGUUGAGCCAUAUCAAAUUCCUGAAAUACAGUCUAACCAGUUGCAAAUUGGCGAUUUGAUUGGCGAAGGACAGUUUGGCGUGAUACAUAAUGGUAACUGGCAUGGUUCACUUCUUAAUGGUGAGCCGAUGCAGGUGGCAGUCAAAUCACUGAAACCUGGAAGCAAUACCAUGGAAAGGCAAAAUUUUGAAGAGGAAAUUCGUAUGAUAGCACCCUUUGAUCAUCCAAAUGUUGUGCGUUUACUGGGUGUUUGUUACUUUGAUACACAACAGCUGAGUGCUGUAUUUGAAUAUAUGGUACACGGUGAUCUUCAUGACUUUUUGCGCCUCCGAGCACCAAAAACCAAUGGAUAUGAGCAAGUAGUCGAUCAGGAGCGGAUUAUCGCUGAUAAUGAAGAUUUCUUGCGUAUCGCCCUUCAGAUUGCAUAUGGUAUGAAAUAUUUAUCGAGUAUGAGUUUUGUUCAUCGUGAUUUGGCAGCCAGAAAUUGUCUCGUGGCUGAUCAACGAGUUAUUAAAAUUGCUGAUUUUGGUUUGGUCCGGAAUUGCUAUGAGAAGGAUUACUACAAGGUGUUGCAUCGAACGUGGCUGCCAGUUCGUUGGAUGUCACAAGAGGCGAUCCAGUACGGUCGUUUCAGUGAAGCAACUGAUGUUUGGUCGUUUGGAGUAACUUUAUGGGAAAUUUACUCGUACGGAAGGCAGCCGUAUGAGAGUUACUCUCAUCAAGAUGUCAUCGAAUUGAUCUCUGUGCGAAGCUUACUGGAAUGUCCACAAAACUGCCCAACUAAUAUAUAUAGUUUGAUGGUAGAAUGUUGGCAUGAACAUCCGGAACGACGACCAACAUUCAGUGAACUUUAUUCACGUCUUCAGACUUGGUCACUUACAAGUCCAUCGCAGUCUGUACUUUCGCACCAACAAAAUCAUCCUGGCAGUUCGCAUUCCGACUCAAGUGCUGCUGCAAAUCGAGGUAGCAGGCAAUCAUCGUCAACUCCGUCGGUAAGCUUGUUACGUGGUGCCACUGGCAAUACCUCUCUCGGAACUGCUCCAAGUAUGAGUACUGCAGGUUUUUCGGUACCUUCACCAGCUCCGAUGCAAACAAUGAUGACGUUGAACGGCGUGCAUCCUUACCAAGUUGGAAGUACCCACUUAGUAUCUGGAGGAAAUCAUAAUCGUUCACCGAAAGCUCGUUUGCAAAAUGUUGUAACCAGAACAAGUAAUAAUGCAACGGCAACAGCAUCACUAAUACGACGCCCAGGAACAUCAAAUUUCAACUAUUCCGGGGAUGAUGCAGCAAGUGAAGAAUCUGAUUAAAACAAUCUGGUUUCUUUUAAAAUGCAUAUUCUUAUUAUUCGUACAAGGUUCAUGCAGUGAACUGCACUGUUACUGUUAUUAUUGUUGUUCCUCUUGCUUAUUAUUGUUGAUAUUACUUAUUCUCAAUGAUCUCAAUUUUCCGGAC